GCGGGAGGGGGCCGGAACGAGGCUUGGCGCGGGCGGAGCCGAGGCCGCCGCGCACGGGCCCGCCGCCACCCGCUCCGGGGCCCGCCGCAGAUUCUGCCAGUCUCCCAAGGUCGGGGCUUGAACCCUGCCAGAUAAAGUCAAAAACUCCCCCUUCUUUUCCCAGCCAUGCAAACUGCGGGAUGAAGCUGGAAGCUGUGGUUGAGCAGCUGCAGAAGCAGCAGCAGAAGCAGCAGGCGCCUCUGCAGAUGGAUUCCAGGGAGAGACAGCAGAGGCAGAUGAGGGAAGCCCAGCUGCUCUACACCCAGCAGCUGGCCGUGCAGCAGGCUGUCCUAGCAGCCACAUCUGGUAGAGCUUCGGGAGGCUCCACUGUUGGUCCUUUGGCCAGAGGCCCACCUGCAGCUGGAGCUACACGGGCUUUUGAUCAGAGCAGCAUGAAUUCAGAGCCAGAAGAGGAAGAAGAGGAUGAAGAGGAGGAAGAAGAGGAGGAGGAGGAGGAAGAAGAAGAAGGGGGUUUGGAAGGUGUUGAGCUUGAGGAUGGCACCGAUGUGACUGGAAAAGGAACCUGCUCUGCUCUGAAAUAUUUUCAUGCUCCCAAAGUUGCCCACCACAACCAAACAGUGGCCUCUACCUCUAAUCCUCUUCCAGCUUCAGGACAUCAGCGGGGACCACAGGGCAAAGAAGAACAGGGUAAAGACACUACUAAGCAACUGUAUUCCAGUUCCCCCUCUGGACGCCAGAACUGGCGGUUGGACGAGCAGCUCAAACAGAAUGGCAACGUGAGCUGGAGCGAUGAAGGUGAUGGAUGCCGAGGAAGAGAAAUUUCACGAGACUUUGCCAAGCUCUAUGAACUGGAUAGUGACCCUGAACGCAAAGAGUUCCUGGAUGACCUCUUCGUCUUUAUGCAGAAGAGGGGAACUCCCAUCAAUCGGAUCCCCAUCAUGGCAAAGCAGAUCCUGGAUCUCUACAUGCUUUACAAGCUGGUGACUGAGAAAGGAGGGCUGGUGGAAAUCAUCAACAAGAAAAUCUGGCGAGAGAUCACCAAAGGCCUUAACCUGCCCACCUCUAUCACCAGUGCCGCCUUCACGCUGCGCACCCAGUACAUGAAAUACCUGUAUGCCUACGAGUGUGAGAAGAAAUCCCUCAGUUCACCUGCAGAGCUUCAGGCUGCCAUCGAUGGCAACAGGCGGGAAGGCAGGCGGCCCAGCUACAGCUCCUCUCUCUUCAGCUACUCGCCCACCACCUCGGGGCCUCCUUCCCUCCUGUCUCCCCCAAAGAUCCGCUUCCCCGUCAUCGGCGUGGCACCAGGCAGCGGGACCAGCAAUCCUCGGGUGUCUCCAGCAGCAGCUGUCAGGAAAGGUGACGGCGUGCCCUUGACUGUGUCUAUGCCAAAUCGUAUCGCCAUGCCAGUUACCUUGGCUAGCCAGCAGGCAAGUGUGGCAGCAAGAACAGCCACCCUGGAGCAGCUGAGAGAGAGACUGGAGUCGGGAGAGCCUCCAGAGAAGAAGGUGUCGCGGAUGUCAGAGGAGGAGCAGCGGCUCGUGCAGCAGGCGCUGCAGCGCAAUCUCCUCAGCAUGGCACGGCAGAUCCCCAUGAAGAUCAAAAUCAAUGGCAAAGAAGAUAAACCAGAGUCAGCAGCAGCAGCAGCACUGAACUUGUCACCCAGCGGCAUCGGGAGCAUCAACAUGUCGGUGGAGAUUAACGGCACCAUUUAUGCGGGAGUGCUCUUUGCCCAGAAGCCAGUCGUCCAUCUCAUUGCAGGCUCUGGCACCCAAAGUUCCUGCAGUAGCAGCAGCAGCUCCCACUGCUCUCCGAGCCCUACCUCAUCGCGGGGAACCCCUGGCGCAGAGCCUUCCACCAGCUGGUCUCUCUGAUGGACAGCGAGCUGCUGUCUCCACACUGGCCUCCAGCCCUCGGCCUCUCUGCUCUGCUCAGGGGAGUAAGUGGGGAAGGAGUCACACAGAUUACCUCAUCUCAAGGAACCUGCUUUUGUGGUUGGCCAACGGCAAGAUGAUGAUGAUGCUGAAACCUUUCAAUGCCAGCAAGUUUUUCUUCAUCAUCUGUUUGUCCAGCCUUUUUCUUUGUACUUCCCUUUCUUCCUCCCUUUUGCUUUUUGUUUUCUUCCCCCUCCUCCUCCUCCCAGGGUUUGCUGUGUUCCUGUUGGGGGUGGGAUGAGGGGAGGAGGCAUGCCUGGCGUUUUUCAAUCAGGGAUCCUCUCUCAGAGCUAUGGGUUGAGAGAUGGCAGAGACGUCACCGAGGCAGGUGGGAGGAGCUGGAGGUGGGUAGGGAAACGUGGUUCACCUGGAACCCGUCUCAGCCAGGGCUCUUCCCACACAACAGCUCCAUGUAUUGACAAUCCUGGCAGGGUGCCUUGGCCCUGCUCCUGCCCUCCUGGAGGCCAUGUGACUGCAGAGCAGACAGGCUUCCUCCCUGCUCUUCUCCAGGCUCUGCUGUGGUCCGGUGUUCCCAUUUCCUCCCGCAGAACACAUGCUCUUGGCCUCUGCGCCUCCUUGCCCCGCUCAGAGGUCUUGGCAAGAGGGGAAGGGCUUUCUCAUUGCUACGUGCUACAAACCUCUCCAUUAGCUGCUUUAUUCUCCUGGCUGAUGCUGGCCUCUUCCCUACUGUUGCCUUCAGACUUUCAGCCAAGUUUUAAAUGCCCUUGACCUUGUCCCUCUCCCCUUGAGGAACUCAUCCCACUGACAUUUCCCCUGACAGCCUGAACUAGCUGGGGCUGGGCGUUCUGAUCCUCUGCCCCUCAACUCAAGGAGGCUGGCGGAUCUAAGCUUCCUGGAGUGACUUCCAUCUCAUAAGGUGCCUCUCAGAAGCCCCUGGAAGCUCUCCACAUCCAUGCACUGAGCAAGUGGCAGGGGAUAUUUGAAACCUCACCCCGUGGGGCUGUGGGGCGUGUGGUGGAGUCAUGGUUAAUGCAGGAGUUGCUCUCUGGACCAAUCCACGAAAACCCCGUCCCCUUCAAGUUGUACCUGAGAAAAGGAAAGCAGCUCUCAGUUGAGCAAGACCCUUUUGCUCUCCUGGGUAGAGGCAGACAAAAAGAAGUCAAGCCCUCCCUUGCCCUUUCCCCUCUGAGCAAGCAGAGGCUAGCCCUGGCUCUGCCAUGUCUGGAGCCAACCGAGCUGACUUUGUGACUCCAUGAACUCAGCUCCUGCUCAGGUGGCCUCGUUCUGACCCCUCUCUUCUGGCCUUCCCCACACAUGCUUUCCUCAGCGUGAGGAUCAGGAGGUCCGAGCACCAUCCAUCCUGCCCUGGUGACGUCCUUCCCAUCCUCCAGGCCCAAGUCAGGUUUUUUGAGCAGAUGAAAUACCUCAGAUAUGUACUUGUUGGAUUUGUUUGUUUGUUUUGGGUUAGUUUUUUUAACCUCUUCAGGAAAUAUUGGCAUAUCUUAUCGCUUGUUUUUUAUUAUGUGGUUUUGCUGAUGUUGGGGGGGGCUUAUUUUUAUUUUUAAUUGUAUCACCAAAGACAGUUAAAAAAAGGCUGAGGGAAGGAGCAGUGGCGUCGCCAUCCCUAGGGCCAGCAGGAGCCGGGCUGAACGGCAUUGGCUCAGGACAUGUGCAUGCAGGAGAAUGGGUAGAUAUAGAAAAUGAGGGCGAGAGGAUCUGUCCUUCUUGUUGGACACAGGAGUGUCUGGGACUUUGUUAGCCCAGACAUAGGUAAUUGUAUCUACACUACAAGACUAAGCCAUGUUGGGUAGCCUUUGUGAGGGGCUGAGCCUGCCCUGGCGCUCUGUGAGACUGUCGGUGUGCAGGGGAGAUGCCCUGCUGUGACAGCUCUGCUUGGCUGUGGCACAGUCUCUGCGCUCCUGUCCCUGUACCCUGCGCUGUCCAGCUCCCAGCAGCCUUUUACUUAUACUACUGAAAAGAGUGUGUCCUGAGAAACACCCCGGGCUGGAUGCUGCCUCAGGGAAAGCCUCAUCAGCCGACACAGCAUUGGGCUUCAAAGUGUGCACAGGAGGCGGAAUGGCUGAUCCUUCCUGCAGGUUGGCUCCGCCAGGCUCCUGGCGCCGCUCACUGUGCUGCCGCAGCUGCAGUGCCACUAGGAGCCAAGCGCUGCCAGCUAGGCUCAGGCAGGGACCCCCUGCGCCCCCGAGCCAGGUCUGAGCUGCCCCGCGGCCCGGUGGGAGGCAGGGGAGGGGGGAUAUGCGUAUGUGCUGAGGCAGAGGCUGCUCUGCUCUGCUCUUAGAGGUCUGCAGCCAGAGCCGUGCCCACCCGCCCGGGAAGACCCCGCUGCCCCUCGACUGCAGGGCAUUUGCUUGGCGUGUUUCAGCCUCGCAGACCCCUCCAGACUCCAGGGCUCAUUCAGAUUGGGUUUAUUUCCCCCUUUUUUAUUUUCUUUCUGUUGUUUUGUUUAUUUUAUUUUAGGGGUUUGGUUGGGAGCUGUUUCCUGUGAGUGGGACUGGGGCACUUUUUGCUUUUCCUUAUGCUUUCUUCUCUGGUCCUGGGGAGCAGAGGUUAGUGAUGGGUGGUUUUGUUUAUGUAUCAUGCUAACAUUGUGUUUUCUUGCACAGAAAGGCACUCAAAUCACUGAACUACUAAACAACUUUGACACUACUAGAGUAUUAAUGUUUAUAAGCUUUUCAACUAGACAGGGACUAACAGAUUAUUUUGUAUUCAAUUCAGGGAAAGAAUCAAGUCAGGAUGCGUAACAGAUACCUCAGUAAAAAAUAAGCUGCAUCAAUCAGCUGGUCCUUUCUCAGUACACGAGAGGAAGGACCAGCCGUUCAGACUGUGAAGAGUAAGCCUUUCCCCGAGCCUGGCUUUGAUACUGGCAGUUGGCUUAAUGCAGGUUUUGCUGAGCUCCAGAUCUCCUGCUGAGCUGCCAGGCCUUGGGGACUGAGCUGGGGAAACCAGCAGCAGAGCCGGGGUGGAGGAGCCGGGAGCCAGGGGACGGCUGAGCGAAAGGAGUGGGUCUCCCCCGCCCCCCUCCCCUUUACAGGCUCCGCUUCAUUUCACUCGACCGUGUUCGAUUGUAUAGUACUCAGGGGUUUUGAUACUUGCGGGUAGGACCGUUCCUCGCGUGAAGUGCUCUGCUUUGCAGUGUGGCUCAUUCUCUUUCAACUCCAGACCAGUGAAGGUUUUGCAGUGAGCAGCCAAAAAAGAAAAAAGAACCAAACAACCCUAAAGCCCCCAGCUUGCUUCCAUGCAGCCUUGAUGCUCCAAUCUCGGGGAGAUUUGCCAGCUGAGUGCAGUGCCCAGUUGGGGGAAAAAGAAUACCCAAACCCAAACCUGCUCAUCCUCUUCCAGCAGACCCCAGUUUAGGCUGGGGAGGCACAGAGAUUGUGACCUGGGAAAGAGGAAAGAGGCGAAGCGGGCAGAGGCUUCACGCCUGCUCAGCUCCCAAAGUGAAUGUGAACGUGUCACACCAAGUCAUUUUGACCACUGUGUGUGCACGUGUGCUCCAGACAGAUUUGGGUCAGCAGAUGUUCUCACAAGCAGCUGCAGCAGCCUUGCUACUAGUUUUCUUACCUAUUUAAAAUUUAAAAAAUAAAUAAAUGAAUGAAUGAAUGAACGUGCUAGCCUAGGCGGUGGAUAAAUACCUCAGCGUCUCCUUCCAACAAGUGUCUGUAUAUGUUGUUGUUGGGUUUUUUCUAUCUUACACGUUAUCUGAAUGUUUAUAUUCCAAUAAACUUCUACCUCUUCACA